ACGAGCAGAUCUGCGUCCCAGAAAUGGCAAGAACACGUGGUGCAUCUUUUAAUUCUCGAGGUGAGAGUUCUCGAGGAGAGAGUUCUCGAGGAGAGAGUUCGUCGCAGGGCGAAGCUCGGAGAAGACCUACCGUUUCUGCUCGUAGAAGUCGGGCAGCUCCUAUCCAGCAUGACCCCAUAGCUGAGGAGCGAGCCGUUGAGGAACAAACAUAUGAGGCGUAUGAGACUCAUGGAGAGGAGCAUGCAGAUGUUCAUGACAUACAAGAGGAUGUCGCUGGAUUUCCUGGAGGUCCACACGAUCAUUCAUUGCUGACGCACUAUGUUCAGCAUGUAGCUUAUGCUAUUUCCCAAGGCCGGGAUCGAGGGGACACACUGAAGUUGAUCUCCCACGGAAAAAAAGUAAAUAAGUUAGGACCAUGCCACGAGGGAAUUCAAGACAUUGUGUUGAAUUCCAGUUUAAUGCCUCUUACAGGGAUUUGUUAUGAUUACGUUGAUAAGGGGUUACUCCUCGGAUUCAUAGAGAGGUGGCAUUUUGAGACCAGUAGUUUCCAUCUCCCUAUAGGGGAGAUGUCGAUUACUCUUGAUGACGUCUCGACAUUACUUCACCUGCCCGUGAUGGGACAAAUGUGUGAUUUGGAGGAGUUGGAGUUUGAGGAGGCUCGUACAGCCCUUGUGCAACUGCUCGGCGUUGAUGGUGGCACAGCAGGUGCUGAGAUGGAGGACGCACGUGGUCCGAAAGUCAGACUCAGCUGGCUUAGAGAGAUAUAUGUUCAGAGGUGUGAGUCGCAGCAUUGGGACUAUGCUGCUAGAGCAUAUUUGUUGCAUCUAGUAGGAUGUACGAUUUUUGCAAAUAAGAGUGCCAGUUCUAUACGCGUGUCUUACUUAUUGUUAUUUAGAGACGUACACGCGUGUGGCAGAUAUGCCUGGGGUGUUGCUGCACUCGCCUAUUUGUACGAGCAGCUCGGGGAUGCGAGUCUCGCGUCCACGAAGCAGAUGGCUGGAUAUUUGACUCUAUUUCAGAGUUGGAUAUACGAACAUUUCCCUGGCUUGGGGAGGAGGCGGUUGGUGACUUCUUACGAUGAUACCACACCACGUGCCAUGAGGUGGCAGAGCCCUAGAUAG